CGCCCCUGUGCAUUUAUCAGUGCAUUUGUGCACACCCUGCAGGCUCUGAUGUCUGUGAACGCACGGCUGAGGCAGCUCUACCCCGACAGCGAAGAGCUGUUUGACAUCGUCCUGAUGACUAAUAACCACGCCCAGGUCGGAGUGCGCCUCAUCAACAGCAUCAACCACUACGGUUCGUGGUCGACACGCUCAGCCAUGCCUACUACAGUGCUAUAAGCAGAGAAAUACAAUGACCAGUAAUUGGAGUACCGGUAAUUAUAUUUCUAUGGUUAUAAGACGCGCUUAUUGUGAGCUGCAUUUCAUUGAAUGAUGGGUAAUUUUGACCAAAUAUGUUUUUAGUGGUUGUAUGCAUGUUUUGCAUGGAUGUUAGUGGCAAUCUUUGGCUACCAGCCUGAUGAUACCAUCACAUUUGUAUGGGGUUCUGAUACGUUUUUGUUUUUCACUCUACCUGACAGAUUUAACCAUUGAGAGGUUCUGUAUGACGGGAGGGCAAAGCCCCAUUGGCUAUCUGAAGGCCUAUCUGACCAACCUGUACCUCUCCAAGGAUGGAGAGAAAGUCAUGGAGGCCAUUGAGGAGGGUAGUUGAAAAUGCUGCUUUCCUUUGUCCUCUAGGGAUUAAACUGGUUUAGGUUAGCAUGGAUGCUAAAUUGGUAACAGAGUAAAAAACUGUAGAUGUACAUUGUGGUAACACUUUUUAUAGGUAUGAUAUAGCCUACAUAUAUGAUACCGUUGUAAUGCAUUUUUAAGACUUAUGAGCAUGUAUAAGCCCCUUUUUUAUAAUGUCUUUAUAAAUAGGCAUUGCAGCAGCGACCAUGUUUGCAUCUGGAGAUGUGGAGAACAAGCUUUCCGACACACAGCUGAAAGUUGCCUUUGACGGGGACGCUGUCCUCUUCUCUGACGAGUCGGAGAUCAUCGUGAAACAACACGGCCUGGACACGUUCUUUGAGCAUGAGAAGGAGUUUGAGAACAAACCUCUUGCACAGGUGUUCAUGAGAGUAUAUGCCUCCUAUUUUAUGUUAGCUUUUGACAUGAUUCCAAAUGUUCUUUCUUUGGGUAACACUUUAUUUGGAGUCUCCCUAUAGAGGGUUAUAGAUGUUCAACUUACUAUCAACAAACUUUUUAACUAACACACCCACUUACCCUAAUCCUAGACCUUAACAAGUUGUUGCAUAUCAACCGUGGCUGUUGAUAGUUUGAGCAUUUAAAGACCAUCUAUAAUAGGGGACUAUCCAAAUAAACUGGAACCCAUUGAUGUAUUUGCUUUAAUAAAAAAUGUAAUAAUACUAUGCUAACCCUAUGUCUCAUUCACUCAGGGUCCCUUAAAGUGUUUCCUGGAGGCGCUGGGGAAGCUCCAGAGGAAGUUCUACGCCAAGAACGAGCGUAUGACCUGCCCCAUUUGUACCUACCUAGUAACAUCCCGCAGCGCAGCCAGCUCAGGGGCCCGCGUCCUCAAGACCCUCAGGAGCUGGGGCCUGGAGAUCGACGAGGCCCUGUUCCUAGCCGGGGCCCCUAAAGGGCCCCUCCUGCAGAAGAUCCGUCCCCACAUCUUCUUUGACGACCAGAUGUUCCACAUCGAGGGGGCCAAGGAGCUGGGUACUAUCGCGGCACACGUGCCUUAUGGGAUUGGACAGAAGUACCACAAGGAGAAACUUAGUGAGCAGCCUGCCAAAGACACAAAGUAG